AUGGUAAGAGAAGGAAUAGUCCUUGGGCACAAGAUUUCAGCCAAAGGGAUUGAGGUUGACAAAGCCAAGAUUGAUACUAUUGCCAAUUUGCCACCACCUACCUCCGUGAAGGGAGUCCGAAGUUUCCUUGGUCAUGCCAGGUUCUAUCGUCGUUUCAUUAAGGAUUUUUCAAAGAUUACGAAGCCAUUAUUCAAUCUGCUUCUCAAGGAUGUCACAUUCAAUUUUGAUAAUCGAUGUUUGGAGGCUUUCAAGAUUCUAAAGGAGAAACUCACAUCCACUCCAGUCAUUAUCGCACCAAAUUGGGAAGUACCAUUCGAAAUUAUGUGUGACGCCAGUGACUAUGCCGUAGGGGCUGUUUUGAGCCAAAGGAAAGACAAAUUUCUUCAUGUGAUUUCCUACGCUAGCCGAACUCUCAAUGAUGCCCAAUUGAAUUAUGCGACAACUGAGAAAGAGCUACUAGCCGUUGUCUUUGCCUUAGACAAGUUUCGUUCCUAUCUCAUUGGCUCUAAGGUAAUUGUUUACACCGAUCAUUCAGCUUUGAAGUAUUUAUUAUCAAGGAAAGAUGCAAAGCCACGGUUGAUUCGAUGGGUAUUGUUAUUACAAGAGUUUGAUUUGGAAAUAAGAGACAAAAAAGGGUCUGAAAACGUCGUGGCCGAUCAUUUAUCUCAGUUGAUCCAACAUGGAGUUGAGGAUAAACUAGCUGCUGCCACACCUAUAGCCGUGACGUUUCCCGACUAG